AUGAGCAAUGAACUAGCCCAUGACUUCUCUCCUCUCAUCAAAAUAUACAAAGAUGGACGAAUUGAGCGGCUCACAGGCACAACAACCCUUCCUCCAUCCUUAGAUCCCCAAACCCGCGUCGAAUCUAAAGACGUUGUGAUCUCAAAAGAACCAGCAUUAUCUGCCAGGCUUUACCUCCCCACAAAAUCCACCACCAACUCCCCCAACAACAAGCUCCCUCUUCUUGUCUACAUCCACGGAGGCGGCUUCGUGGUCGAACACGCCUCUUCUUCCAUUUACCACAACUACCUUAACGCCUUAGUCGCGGAGACCAACAUCGUUGCUGUCUCUGUUGAGUAUAGGCUAGCCCCAGAGUACUCUCUGCCUGCCGCUUACGAUGAUGCAUGGGGUUCUCUCAAAUGGGUUGCUUCCCAUUCUGAUGGAAAGGGCUCUGAAGAUUGGCUAAAUCGCCAUGCAGAUUUCCAACGUGUGUUUAUUGCUGGGGACAGCGCCGGGGCUAACAUAGCACACAACGUGGGCUUGAGAGUAGGCUCUGAGGGGUUGGGUGGUGUUAAGCCAAAAGGGAUUGUGUUGGUGCAUCCAUAUUUUGGGGGCAGUGAAGCCAUUGGGGCAGAGCAAGCUCUGCCCCCAGUGGUAAGAGAGUACAUGGUUGGUUUGUGGCGUUUGGCUUACCCUUCGACUAGUGGAUCCGAUGACCCGCUUUUCAACCCGGGUAAGGAUCCGAAACUCGGGGGAUUGGGGUGUGAGAAAGUGCUGGUUUGUGUUGCUGAGAAAGAUGCUUUGAAAGAUAGGGGAUGGAAUUAUAGUGAGGUACUGAAGAAAAGUGGAUGGAAAGGGGCUGUGGAUGUGAUUGAAUCAAAGGGGGAGAACCAUGUGUUCCAUCUGUUCAAUCCCACUUGUGACAAUGCUGUGGCCUUAACUGUGUUAUGA